AUGCACACCAUCACGUCCUACACAACACCUUACGAACCGCUGAUACGAGAUUCAGUAUUCAUAUUUGGUAGCAUUAAUGAGGUUUUGAAUUGUUCGAUAAAAUUGUUUCGAGAAAGUCUCGAAAAUGCUGUCAAUGUGCUUGUAAUUGCACAAGUAAAGUCUAAUUUUCAACUCUCCUACGCACAAAGAGUCCCAUUAGGACAUAAAAUUACAACAAUCUUUUUUUUUUUCUUCCAGCAAUUGUUCCGAAGUCAGCCGCAGGGAGCCACGCCGCAGCAGUUGCAGUUGCUCCAGCAGCAACAGCAGCAACAACAGCAGCAGUACCUGGCCGCCUCUCAGGCGCAGCAGCAGCAGCAGCAGCAGCAGCAGCAACAGCAACAGAACUUUCCCACGGCGCCGUACACCGUUAUCAGCGGCCAGGAACCGUACGUCGGUGCAUUGAUAGCCGGAGCACCACCACCGGUGGUACAACCUUAUUAUGGAGUCGCCCCGUGGGUCUAUCCAGCGGGACUGCUGCCCCAAGCACCUCCCCAAGCAGCGGCGCCACCGCCACCCAGGCGACCGCUGACACCAUCUUCGGCGGCGGCCGCGGCAGCUGCCGCCCAAGACACUGCAAAUAAUUUGGCGCAGACUGUUCAGGGUCAGUACCAGGUGAUACCAGCGUAUUACGAUCAAAACGGAUCCAUAGUGAUGGGCGGUGUGCGCGGGUUGAGCUCCGCGGCAACCCCCAUGAGACUCGUCAGUCCUGCACCAGUUUUGGUGAACAGAGCUCCCUCCCAACCACCGCCGGGACCACCAGCUCCACCGCCACCGAGUCUAUACUCCCAACCGACUCCUACGUCCCACAGUAAUGCAACAGCUGGCGAAUGUUUGGGUCUGGCGGCGUGCAGUGCUGCAGCGGUGGUUGCACAAGCCCAAGCGGUCGCUGUACAACAGGCGCAGCAGCAAGGAUCAGGACUAGCCGCGGGUUUAGCCGCUCUAGGAUACGGUGGCUCCCCACUGGGUGCACUGGGCUCGCCUGCUCAGCUCCAGAGCACAGGUCUGGGUCUCGGCGCUUCGUCAACCGCGCGAAGAGAUUCCUUCGAUAGAAACACGUCAGCGUUUAGCCCUAGUUUGGAGUACAGCCGCGCCAAGUGGCCUCAAAGUUACGGAGCCCUUGGUACCGUGACGGCGUCGCCAAGCCCAUUAGGAUUAUCCUUGACACCACCGCCAACUUUGGGAGGAUCUUUAAGCGGACUGGUCGGUGGAGCCAGUCGGGUAUCCGCUGCUCCUGGAGCCGAGGCCAAAUUUCGCGCUAGCGCGGUUCCAGCUUUAACGGCAAACGGAGUCUUCGGUUCCAGUAGCUCCCUUUUCCCUAACCUGGUGGGCAAACCUGGCCGCGGCGGUACUACCUGCAUCGGAGACAAAAAUGCUGGAGGACGAUCACGUUUACUGGAAGACUUCAGGAAUAACCGAUUCCCGAGUCUUCAACUGCGCGACCUGGCCAAUCAUAUAGUCGAAUUCAGUCAAGAUCAGCAUGGAUCCCGUUUCAUUCAGCAGAAAUUGGAACGCGCCUCGGCUAGCGAAAAGCAGCUCGUAUUCCAAGAAAUCCUCACUUCUGCUUACUCAUUGAUGACGGACGUUUUUGGAAAUUAUGUUAUUCAGAAGUUCUUCGAGUUUGGCACGCCGGAACAAAAGUCCACCCUCGCUCAAAAGGUUCGAGGACACGUAUUGCCCUUGGCACUGCAGAUGUACGGCUGUAGAGUGAUUCAGAAGGCUCUUGAAUCGAUCGGACCGGAACAACAGCAAGAAAUCGUCCUGGAGCUGGACGGGCACGUGUUGAAGUGCGUUAAAGAUCAAAAUGGAAACCACGUCGUUCAAAAAUGCAUCGAGUGCGUCGAACCGCGAGCAUUGCAGUUCGUCAUCGGAGCAUUUGCCGGUCAAGUUUAUUCGCUAAGCACCCAUCCGUACGGAUGCAGAGUGAUCCAACGCAUUCUCGAGCAUUGCACUCCCGAACAAACCCAAGGUAUCCUUCAAGAGUUGCACGCUGCCACUGAUCAGCUCAUUCAAGAUCAGUAUGGUAAUUACGUCAUCCAGCAUGUCCUCGAACAUGGAAAGCCAGAAGACAAAGCACAAUUGAUCAGCAGUGUUAGGGGUAAAGUACUUACUCUUUCUCAACACAAGUUCGCGAGCAACGUUGUCGAAAAAUGCGUAACUCAUGCUACAAGACAAGAACGAGCUGUGCUAAUCGAAGAAGUUUGCGGCUUUAACGACAACGCAUUGAACGUCAUGAUGAAGGAUCAGUAUGCCAACUACGUGGUACAGAAGAUGAUAGACGUAGCAGAACCAGCGCAACGCAAAGUAUUGAUGCACAAGAUUCGCCCACAUCUAGGCAGCUUACGCAAGUACACCUAUGGCAAGCACAUCAUUGUCAAGCUAGAGAAAUUCUUCAUGAAAACGGCAUCCGCGAUGGGGGUGGCGACGCCUGCCGGUGCUUCAACAGGUGGAGGUGAUCUCGGUCCCAUCGGGCCACCUGCUUCUGCUGCUGGUACAGUUUCCACGCCAGCUCAGCAGCCAACGCAGGUUCUAUAAGCGUACGGUUUCAGAAAGUAACAACCAUUCGAGAUCUUCUAUACGUUCAAGAAACACGUAUCCAAGACCUACGUAAAUAUUUAUUGCAACGUAUCUAAUCGUCAUUGAUUUAUAAUGGACGAGUAAAACGAGGAUUCGUUUCCGCGCCGUCGUGUUCGUCUCGUUGUCCCUUCUUUCCGGAGCUUAUAAAACCUAUAACGGGAAAAAAGACGCGCGUAUCCACUUGAAACGAACGAAAAGAAGAAAGAAAAACUACCGAGACGAUUUUUCUUAUUUUUACAAAACCGUAUAAACCCGACAGAAUUUGUACAGAACACCCGAGAAUGGACAACGCGAGAUCGCGGCGCGAGGAAACAAUAACCAUCAACAACAAAAAGAAAACUUCAAGGUCGAAUGUGUGUCAGAAAAAAAUCAAUUUGUAGAAUAACGUUAGAGGUGCAGUGCAUUUUUCUAUUAGCAAUCUAACGUGCUGCCGAGUAAUAUAUUCGUAGCGAUUACGCAUUGAAAUGUCCCGAAAGUUGCACCGAUAACGUUUUGAGAACCGAGUUUCUUCGAAACGACUGGACAAGCUUUGAAGCUUGAUCGUAAAAAAGAAACUGCAGUGCUAGGAUGGCUGAUUGUCUUAACACCGCUCGUUUAAUCGAUCAGUUGACGCAAUUUCAAAACACGGCACGAACACGUUCCGACAAUUUGUAAGAAACUACUUUUCUCCCCCUCGGUUUGGGUAAAAUCGUUAUUUAAACGAACACACACACAUGUUAUUAUCCUUUUUAAACUCAGCACUCUUUCGAAAGAGCGUAGAGCUCUGUCCUCUGGCAAACACUUAAGCGAAAAUAAUAGGAAAAAAACGCAAAAAGGAGGUGUAAACAGCAUGAGAAGUCACGCCCGCGCGCCGUUCAACGGUUGCGCCCGCGAACGACAAAACUCGGUAAACAACAGCAAUAGGUUCGAUGAAGAGACAAAAAUUGUGUUUAGACAGCUAGGAUAGAUCGUAGAGCUGCAUGCAUUUAUAUCGAGUUGUAACGAGAUUGCGAUGUCCGUAAUAUACGAUGCGCGAGACGUCUUGGUCGCGAGUGUACCGUACAGCCUUUGCACGCUAAACGUAGUAUUAUCCUUGUGUGCGGUACACGUCCGAUCAACGAAUCGGUAUCGGUUCAGAUUUGAUAGAUGGUUAGGAGCUACAGAUACGUCGAUUAAAAUCUAGCAUAGCGUUUGACAUGGGAAUGAAGCUGAGUAUCCCUGACCGGACCGCUGAUCUGCCCCCUUGAUUGCUUCAGAUUGUUCGUGAAUAAUAAUAAUAAUCAUUAAUAAAGAAAAAAAAAAAAGUAACGAUGAACGAUACCAGGAAAAAAGGAAAGGAAACCAAGUUUGUUAUUCUCGUUUCACGUUUAGAAAGAAAUUUUCGAAAACGGAUCAGUAUAUGAUAUAUAUGUGUAUUCCUUCUCGAGAGAGAAAAAAAGAAAAAGAACCUAACAGAAUUUAGCAGAAGUAACGGAAGAUAAGAAACAAAAGAUGGUAAAAGACAGAGAUAAAAAUAAUGAGGAGAGACAUCAAGUCGUCAGCACGGUUCUCUUUUGUUCGUUUUACGUUUGUCGCCUUCGAGCGCGGAGCAUUUUUUUCUACUCUCUUAAACGUCCUUUUUACAUCCCCCCAUCUCCUCAACCCCUCUUCCAAACGCCCUUUCCCUUGCAACCCCCCAAUGCCCACUCCCUCGUCCCAAAGAUCCUCGAAUUUUGUAAAUUGUGAUAUAAAUAAAUAACAAAUGUGUAUAGGAAACGACGUGACAAACCCUACAUGAGGAACCGUAAAUUCAAUGAAUAAUUUUAUUUUUCACGGGAAUUCUCUCCUUUUUAACGGACUUUGUGAAUAUCGUGUAUUAUAAUAAUUACUAAUUAUAUUAAAUUUAAAUAUGAUUUACGUUCUAAUGCUGCUGACCCUCGAUCAACAUACGUUACACCACCCAUUCUCCUGCCGUGUUAAAGAUGGCCGUGUUACGGCCACCUCCUAACCCCCCAUCUCCUGCUCCCUUCGCAUACACGCACUCUCAUGCAUUAUCCAGUUGUAAGAUAUAGACAUUUUUGACAAAGGAGACGCUCUAUAGGAAAGAAAUCGUUUAUAUUCGGAUUCAUUCGAUUCCCAAAACGCCCCACGUCCAUACCCGCAGUCCUUUUAAAACUAAUCGCAGCAAUCGCGUGAUCGCGGUGAUCUUUGAACGUAACCGAGACCCAUUGUACAUUGUAUAAAUGAUAACGCGUUCUAUAACAAACAAACAAAAAAAAAAAAAAAAAAAGAAAAAUCGUCAGGAAAUUUAACCCCCCCCCCCUCUCUCCCCCUCCCGCCAUUGCAUGUGUAUCUAUAUCUCUUUUCGCGUCAAAUUUCGCCUUCCGACCCUCCUCACUCCCCUCUCAUAACACGUUCACACGUUAGGAAUAUAAUAUUGUACACGCCGAGCAUUUCGAUUUGUAUAUUGUUAUCGAUCACACAAGACGGUUGGAAAGAGCGCCUCUCAGCUGUUUUCAAUAGCAUCGAACUCAUUUCUUUCCUUUUAGUUUUCUCAUUUUGUUAUCGAAACAGCGGUUCGUAUUUCUCUCUCUCUCUUCGUAGUCCUCGUUUUCGGUUAGCCUCGUUCGACGCGAAUCCUCUGUGACGUUUUACCGAUCAUAAUUUUCUCUGUCGAGCAACAGCGUUCCCGACAGGCAUAGUUGUGCAUACGUUGAAGCCAAUUCGGAGGAAGAGAUGAGCAAAAUGAUAUUUUACGUUAAUUAUUGCAUUCUUGUUACGAUUGGAAACUUUUUAUAAAAAAUUUAUAAUGAUUUUAGGUCGAACUAUAGAAUGGAACGCAUUAACAAAUAUUGCACGCCUUAUCCUCGUCCAUUAUUAAAAUAAAAUUUUGUCCAUCUCUGUUCAGAGGGUAGUAAUAUCUCGCCGCUUUUCCACAUCGCGUAUGUUUUUUAACAGUCGCUAUUUCAUCCCUAAAGGCAGACGCGUUGUUCGAAUUCCUUUGUAAAUUUCUUUGUAAAUUUCUUUGUAAAUUUCGUCGCACGAACCUCGCUACCAGAACGCCAAUUUUUCAUCCAAAUCGCUUCACGAGUCGUAAAUAUAUGUAUAUAUAAAUUAUUCCUCGUCGAGCGGGCGAACCUGUUCGACGAUUGUACAAACAAACAAAAAAAUCUCAUCAAGUUUUUUAAAUUCGACGUUCGUACGCGCGAUACGCUCAUCAUCCCCUUUGCCGCCCCGUCUCCCAAGUUUGUAUACACAUCCGAGGAAGGUUCGUUUGCGUGGCCCCGCGUACUCGCAACCGACGCUAGACAAUGAUAAUAAUAAGAUCGAGUUUGUAAUUUUAAAACCGUGUACAAUGUAUAAUAUUUUGUUAAAAAAACUUAGGUGUUAAAUAUGUAGAAUUCUAAAGAAACAAAAGUAACGAAACGGAAAAGUGAAAGGGAGAAAAACCGCAUGCAACUCGAGGGAUUCGUCGCGAUUUUGUACAAAAAAUAAAAAACAAACAAACGAUAAGAAAAGAAGAAAUUAAAGGGAAAGCUACUAAGUGCUGAAAAAUGGCGAGAAGAGGGAAUUGAACAUAGCCGCUUUCUUUGUAACAUAUUGUAAAUAACGAUUUAUUAACGAAAUUGACAAAUUCUUAGGUGCCCUUUCUCUUUCUUCUUCGCACGGAGAUAUAUUACUCACUCUAGUUAGUGACAGAAUUCACGUAUAGGGAAACGAACAAACGAAAAAGUAAAGCGGAGAAGAGGAAAAGAGCAAAACGUUUUGUAAAAGGAAACUCGCGCGAGACGCGGUACUUAUCGAAUUCGAAGCGGUUUUUGUUUACUUUCUUCUGUUUAGUUCCUCCCUCGAUUCUCGAGUAUGUUGAUUUCGAUCACGGCGAUCACGGUGUACUCGUGGAGGUGUAACGACGAAGAGGAUAGGUUUGUUGUUCCCCUCGCGCGGAAUCGAUUAUUUUUCGGAAAUACGCUGAGAGGAGGCUGCUCGUUUUGGAGCCGCAAAAAAUACGGAAAAAAAGAAAAGAAACAAACAAAACACAACACCGAAACAGAACAAAACAAAAAAGUAAAGUAAAAUAUAGGGAAAACUGGAUAAGAUAACAGUACAUGUACGAUAACGUAACUGAAAACUCGAUAUAUACAGACAGAGACAUUCCAACCGCCACUCUUUUCACCCUCGGUCGACAGGAUACAUAGUACGCUGUUAACGCGGAUUAACGUAGUUAACAACGCUUAAAUGCGUUUUACUGAUAUUUAAUAAGGAAUGCCGAUAGUUCCUUCGUCCGUGUAAAUCGCGCGCAUCAUUUGUAAAUUAAACAAACGUCGGAAACGUACGUCUCAUUUUUUGUAAUAGAAGCAUCGAUAAAUAAUCACCCCCUCUCGCGCCCCCUCACCCCUCCGUAAGAAUUUUUCCCCCUCCCCCUGUCGAAGUAGGAAAUACCGCGAAAUGAAAAGAAAAAGAAAAAGAAUAUACCGGAAAGUCACACAUAUAUAGCAGAAGCGAAACUCGAACGCAAAAUCUCAUGUCUUAUCAGCUAAGAUUACUUGAUUACUAUUAUACUUUUUAUUAUUAUAAUUAUCAUUAAUAUUAUUCUACUCUUAUCAUUACGAUUAAUACGAUUACUAUAAUUAUUAUUCCUAUAGUUACUCUUACCAAUAUUUGUUUGAUUAACGACCUUCCCUUUUUAUUAAUUAUUAUCGCUAUUUACUAACGUUUGCUAAAUACACCACUUUCUAUACAAAUACGAAUAUAAAUAAUGUAUAUGUAUAUGUAUGUAUAUAUGUGUAUAUGUAUUGUAUAUACAUAGAUAUAUAUACAUAUAUCGGCGAACCACGCGUAAACACGCCCCACGUAACAAUAACAUUUGUCAUUUUCUUUUUCUUUCUUCUUCUUCUUUUUUCUUUUUUCUUUUUUUUUUUAAAUUUAAUCCAAGAAAAGAAACGGAAUUUAGUAAAACGAUCGUUUAGCGAUUAGAGGUUGACCACCUGAUUGCUGUCGUGUUGCAUAUAUACAUAUAUAUAUAUAUACAUAUACGUAUACAUAUAUCUACUUAAGCUUCUGAGGAACGAAAAGAAAUUCUUUAACGACUUUUUGAUUAUAAAUAGUGUAAAUUUUUUAUAUAGUGCGAGAAUGGAAAUAUUAUUGGUUGCGCGACUUCUACGAGGUGCGCGUGGCACCGUGUAUAAAAAACAAAAAAAAAAACAAAAAGAACGAAACAGGAGCAUACAAAACAAAGCGGAACAAUAAGACGGGAAAAGCACGCAGAAUUUAAUGAAUGACAACACGUUGUACAUGGUCUUUCGAUUUUUUUCCCCCCCCCUCACGACGAACACACAUGCGAAUGUAAUUCUAAUUUUGUCAUUUUUUUUUUGUCUCUUUCGUCUUAAUUCUUUCACGUUAACCGCAUUACGGAUCGCGCGAUCCCAGGAUCCGCGUGUGCGAAAACAAAAAUUUGUCUCGUGUCGUCCACAGCCAAGCCCCGAAAUCGUUCUUGCGUACGAUCCUUGUUCCUCGAGCGUGUUGUACUCUUUGUAAAAUAUUAUAUUGUAAAAGUGUGCGGGACAUUCACAGUAUUUCUGUAGACACGGUUCUUUUUCGGUAUGGUACUCUUUUUGUAAAUUUCUGCGCGAGAUCAUACUUUGACGGAAUUUUUAUGGUCGCUUAGCGUAUGGAAUAAUUGUUUUGUCUUCUUCUUUUUUUGUUUUGUUUUGUUAGUAAAGGAUCCGAAUCGCGGGAUUUGUAACGCAGAAAAGAAAAAUGCAAACAAACUGAAGAAAGCAGUAUCGAAUCUUAUUCUUAAUCGUGUUGUGUGUGUGUGUGUGUGUGUGUAUGUGUGUGCGUAAACGAAGAAGGAAAAGGGCGGCGCGCGAGAACUUCCCACGAUUAAACGAAUCGUUUUCCAGUAAUGGAAACAUUCGUUAUUAACGUUUAGGGACGUUUUAGGCGCACCGAAGACGCUGCGAGCGCCAGAGAUGGGCGAACUAUGUAUUCGUAUUUAAACAGCAUCCUUUAUUUGUUCGACGAUAGCCGAGAUCCGAAUUGUAAAAUUCUGUAAUUAUUACCACAAUGUAUAGUUUGUAUAAUAAUUGUAUUCUAUUCUAUCUUUACUGGGCGUCAAAAAAUCAAAUUUUGCAAGGCGAUCUUUAUUCGAAUAUAAAUUGCUUUUAAUCGUGAUAUUUUAGUCGAACGAAACGUCGCCCAUCUCUCGGCGAGAGCGUCGCGUUUCCGAUGGGGCACCCUCGCACCGCAAUAUUCCUGUAUAUAAUGCGAUCCGUUUGAACAAAAUUCGACGAGACACUUUUCUUUUGUCGUCGUACACCGAACAAAGAACAACCCCGCGUCGAUCACGGUGCCCCGAAGAAUUCUUGCAACCGAUCGCUCGUCACAUUCGGUCAAAUAGAGAUCAAAAUUAUAGCGUACUCGAAGAAAAAGAAUGGAAAUAGUUGCGCUCGAUUCGGCAUACACAGAGAUAUCGUGCAAGCAAUACGACAAGCGUUUCCAUGCGUUACAUAUAAUCCCUUUUUAACCUUCGAUAUUUGUACUUUAGAUACAAUCAUCUUUCUGAUCUCUCUUUCGCCCCCUUUCUCCUGCAAAACGGACGCGAUGCCUCCUCCUCUUCGCGAGGAGACGAGGAGGUGUACGUUGGUAACAUCUUGGUAGAGGAAAAGUAAAUGAAUACAGAAGGAACAAGAAAGGGUUCCCGCUUAAACGGGAACGCGUACGAGAAUUCGAAAGAGGAAAACAAUUAAACAACCCUAUAAAUAAUUGAUUAUACAUAUAUAUAUAUAUAUCUGUAUAUGUAUACCUAAGAAAAAAAAAAAUAACUUUGAAACCUAUCGGUAUAUGAUAUAUAUGUAAUAAGUACUAUUUAAAUAUUGUAACAAUUGUAUAUGAUUUUAAUACUACAUGCUAAUUGUAUUAUA